AGUAUCAAAAAAAAAUUUUUCUUGUGCUAAAAUCUGUGAUAAAAAUUUUUGUGAAUCGAAAUAUUAUGUUUACUUAAAUUAUUGAUUACUACUCAAUGAGUAGUAUCUUUUAAGACUGUCUAUUGAAAACACAGGAUUUAUUUAUUUAUUUUGUGAUUCUAUUAUUUAUUUAAGAAGUGUAUUUCAAGUAAGUUUUCCAAUAGUUAAAGUUGCUAUUUUUUUAGUAUAUUUUUUUUGUAAAAAUUAAGUAUAGGAACUUUUUUAUUUGUAAAAAUAAUUAUGGCAGAAACAACAUGUUGUUGUGGUUGCAGUACUGUUCGAGUUGGAACGCGUGUAAUAGCUACUUUAUAUUUUUGGAUUUCCUUAUUACCUAUGAUAUUUUCUGUGCUUAAUAUACAAAAUGUUCCACAUACUCUAAAAAAUGUGCCGUUUAAUUAUUUAUUGAGAGCGGAAAAUGAAGAUGCUAUUAAAGCUGAAAAUCAAUAUCUGUCAUCAUUAUUAAAUAAGUUGGUCAUACAUUUUUUAUUUCUAUAUGUUAAUUACCAUUUACGCAAAGCCACUUAUGAACACAACGUACAAAUUAUAUAUCAGUGGUUGGUUGUUAAUAACAUUUAUUUUGUCUUCUCAAUACUCGUCUUAAUUUUUGCAACUUUUAGACUUGAAUCAUUAGAAAUAUUUAUGGGUGCAAUCCCAGUAGUUUUACUUAUGGGCUACUCAAUUUAUAUUGUUCAAUGCUUUUAUCAAGAUGAACUCAAAUUUUUGAAUAACCAUUGUUCUACUACAACUAUUACUGUCAAUGGUCCUCCAUAUGCAACAUUAAAUUCAACAAUUCCAAACACACAUUAUAUUGUACAGCCACCAAUAAUCCAACAUCCUGUUCAUCAAGCACCAGCCCCACCUUAUCCACAACAAUCAUAUGCAAGUCAACCGCCACAGUAUCCACAUAUUCAGAUACCACAGUUUACUGAACCACAACCUCCAGAAUUCUGUAACCCUCCUCCAUACUCACCUUAUAGUGGAACAGAGGGCACAUCUACAAAAUAAAUCAAAAUUUCAUUUCUCUUAA